CCUCUCUCUCUCUCUCUCGUCAUCUCCCUCUCUCUAUCUAAAACUCUAGAGAGAUUCCACCACAUUUUCUUCUAUAUCGACGACCGCCCCCUUCUCUCUCUCUCCACUUUCUCUCUCUAUUUCUAUCGAUUUAUCUCUAUACCAUCUGUCAAUCGUUUCCGAUUAAGCCGCAAUCCACCGAUCCGAUCGGAACCGUCGGUUUUCCGGUGACCUAAUCGGCCGGACUUGACAAAUUCCAGUGACUAUUCGACCGGUGAUAUAUCGUCGCAAUGGAAUCUAUUUGAUGAUUAUUGUUUUGUUCAUCGAGGGUUGAGAACUAGGGUUUUGGAUUUCGAGUUUUUUUUUUUUUGGGGUUCGUGGUGUUUGUACUAUUUUACAGUUAUGCCACGGAGUUCGCGGCACAAAUCGCACAAACAGAGCAAGCACAGUUCGAGAGAGGCUAGAGAGCACUCGGACUCGGAGGAGGAUGUGAAGAUGAAGGAUAGGAGCGGUAAGGAAGAGGAGUCAGUUAGGGUUUAUAGGGAUUCGGGGUUGAGCGAGAAGCGCAAACUCUCUUUGGGCAAAGAUCUGUCUGGUCACGGUAAUGGCGAUACGGUUGAAGAGUAUGGCUCUUCGAAGCGGCGUAAGGAGAAGGCCGAUGCUAGUGCCGGCUCCGAUAGAUGGAAUGGCGGUGGGGAUGAGAGAGGCGAUGGCAGAAUUGUCGAAAAGGAGACGAAAGGGGAAAGUUCGAGGAUUGAUGGGGAGAAAAGCUCAAAGUCGACGACUUUGAUUGAUUUGAAGAGUAAAAGCAGUAAAAGGCACGAUGGUGGUAGUGAGAAGAAGGAGGAGAAGGGGGGUUUAGUGUCAGAGAAGGAGGAGAGUAAGAGUAGUAGCAGAGUUGACUCGAAGCGAAAGUCUGAAAAAGAUUCUGGUAGAAAAGAGGUUAAAGAUUCAAAGGAGUCAAAGGAGAAGGAACGUGGGUUGGAGAGGGAGAAGAAGAUUCAGGAGAUUAAACGUGAAACAGAAGCAGUGGCAGUCGGUGAUGAAGCGUCUAGGAAACAAGGAUCGCAUUUGGUGGAUUUUGGUGAAGAGAGACAGGGCAAACGGGGUAGAGAAAAUACUGAGUGGCCUAUACAAGAUGAGUUACGAAAUCCUGAAUUAGAGAAGGAACUUGAGAAACGGAUAAGGAGGAGAAGAGAUGGCUCUAAUGAUAAGGAUAAAUAUGAAGAUGAUGUAAAAGAAAGUGAAGAUAGACGACUAUCUUUGAGGGGUGAGCGUGCCAAAGAUAGCAGGUACAAGGAUGAGAAGCGUAAGGAUGGAAGUUCUGGAGAUAAGCACUGUGAAGAUGGCGAUAGAGACAAUAGAAACAGGGAAGAUAAGUAUCGAGAAGAUGCUGAAAGAGAUAGCAGACACAGGGAUGUUAAGCAUCGGGAAGAUGGUGACGGCGAUAAUAGACACAGGGACGAGAAAUACCAUGAAGAUGGUGAGAGAGAUAAUAGGCACAGGGAAGAUAAGUAUCGUGAAGAUGGCGACAGAGAUAAUAGACAAAGGGACAAUAAGUACCGUGAAGAUGGUGACAGAGAUAAUAGGCAUAGGGGUGAUAAAUAUCGUGAAGAUGGGGAUAGAGAUGAUAGACACAGGGAUGAUAAGUAUCGUGAAGAUGGGGACAGAGAUGAUAGGCACAGGGAUGAUUGGUAUGCUGAAGAUGGAAACAGGGAUAGUAGAAACAGGGAAGAGAAGAAUGGUGAAGAUAUUGGCAGAGAUGGUAGACGCAGGGACGGGAAGCAAAGAGAAGAUAGUGACAAAGAUAAGAGAUUCCGGGAUGCCAAGUACCGGGAUGAACGCUCCUCAAGAGAUCGCACUAGUGGUAAGUCUGAUAUCAAGCGUUCAAGGGAUGAAAGUAAUGCUGCGGAGCUUCAUUACAGGAAAUCAAAUAAUCGUGAUGGUAGUCCAAUUUAUGAUGAUAGAGGUACCAGAUACAAAGAUGAUAAAGGAAGGAGAAGAACCAGUGACAAAGAGGACCAUGGUGAUAUUAGAUCUCGGAGUACGAAAGAGCAACAUUCUGAUGCAGGAAAGAAAUCUAUCAGCAGUGCUAGAGUAGAGUCAGUUAGUGAUAGAGGAAGGUCUAACGCACGUAAUGCUGAUGUGGAUAUUACUCCAAACCACAGCAGACGGCGGAAUUCCCCUAGCUCUAGUUCUCAUGCUGCAAAAGAUCAUUACAGGCUUUCAAAGCAAGAAGAAUCAAAAUAUAGAGACUAUGCACAUGAAGAGAGAGUUCGACAUAAUGUAACCUCUAGCAAAGAAUUUUCUGGUGUUGCUGGAGGAACUGAGAAGGCUUCACUGUCUCGGUCAAUUGAGAAAUCUCUUCAAAAGGAUGACAGUCAUUUGGGUGAGUUAUCAGCUGACAGGCGUCCAAAGGCCGAUGCCCGCACUUCACCCUUGCAUGUGGUGGAUAGAUCUCCAUCUUCAACAAGUACUGACCGCAGACACUGGAAUAGAUCCAAUAUUAGGCGUAAUCUUGAUGUGGAGGACUCGGGGCAAAAGAGUGGUGGUUCGAAGGAUGCAAAGGAUUAUUCUGCUAGGGAAGGCAGAGGAAGUCGUGACGUGCUUAUGGAGACACUUCCAGGAGAUGAGCUUUCUCAGGCAGAUGGAGACAACUUUUCUGUUUCCUCACCUUUUAGUAGAACUAAUCACUUGUCUAGCAAUUCCAGGUCUCUUUUACCUCCUCCUCCCCCCUUCAGGAUGGGGGCUGACAGCCCUGUAGCUUUUGGCUCUUUGGAAGAUGACAAUAGAGGCAAGUCAAACAACCGGCAUAGGAGGAUUGGUGAUCCCAACAUGGGAAGAGUGCAAGGAAGUCCUUGGAGAGGCAUCCCGAACUGGCCUUCCCCCAUGGCAAAUGGCUUCAUGCCUUUCCAACAUGGUCCACCGCCAGUAGGUUUUCAUCCAGUGAUGCAACAGUUCCGCGCUCCUCCAAUGUUCGGUGUUAGAUCAUCAAUGGAAUUAAACCAAUCUGGGGUUCCUUAUCAUGUCCCUGAUGGUGACAGAUUUUCUGGCCAUGGGCGUUCACUUGGUUGGCGAAAUCCAGUGGAUGACUCUUGCCCUCCUAUCCAUGGAUGGGAUGGAAGCAGUGGUAUUUUUGGGGAUGAAUCCCACAUGUAUGGGAGACUAGAUUGGAACCAUAAUAGAAGCCUUACGGGUGGUCGAGUGUGGGAGACAAGUGGUGAUGCGUGGAAGGGGCAAAAUAGUGGUGCAAGCACAGAGUUGCCAUCUGCACCCCAGAAAGAGGAUUAUUCAGCUCGAGGACCAGCAGAUGACGUUUGGGCUGGUCAGUCAGGUCUGCAAGCUCAGAAUGAUAAAAAACAACCCAGUGUUCUGGUUGAAAGCGUUGACAUCGAUCAGUCGAGUGAUGCUCGUGAAAGGGAUACUGUUGAAACUUCCAAAACCAUUCUUGAGGAGAUGCCCAACCUUUCAAGAAAGGAUGAUUCUUGUCUUUCACAAGUUUAUCUUUCCAUGCUUGACAUUUCAGCAGAUCUUACUCAUCCUGAGUUGUAUAGCCAGUACACAAGUUUAAUGGGUAUGGAUCAGAACUCAAAUUCUGAAGAAGAUGAUUCCAACAUUUUAUUUCUGGAGGAGGCCAUGGAUGCCACAGUGAAGCUCCCUGAGAAAACAUCGAGUGUUUCACUUUUUCCUACCAUAAAUGAUGCUGUUUUUCAGAAAGCCAUGUCCCUGUACAAGAAGCUGAGAGAAGAUGUCAAAGCCAUAAAUGUCGAUAAAGUACCCUUUUCCAAUGUGAAGAACCUUGAGUCUGCUCCAACAUUGGAUCAAGAGGUAGCGGGUUUAGAUGACGAUAAACAAGGGGAGGUGGUACCGGCUUGUGAUCAACAAGAAGCAGAAGCUGCAGUUUCAGUUCUAAAGGAUGUCAAAAUGGAAGAAGCGUCUCCUGCAACCACCUGUGAGAAGAUAGAUGAGCCAGUUCUAGUUGACAGUCUUGAGAAAUCAGAAUCAUCAAUUGCAGCUUUAAACGAGGAGAAUCUGGAAUUGGAUUUGGUUUCAAAGCAAGAGACACUGGAUUCUAUUGUUGAAGACAAAUCUUCAGAUCCAGAAAAUGUAGAACUGUCUGAAGCCAAUUCACCUAGUAAGGUUAAAGAGGUGAGCAGGGCUAUCGGCUCCAAUAAUGAUGGACCGAAAUUGCAUGAUACUAAGUGUGGUCCCUCGCUUUUUUCUGAUGUGUCCUCUGAGGCAUGUGAGGCAGUGAUGCCCGAGUCAAUUGAGUCUACGAUGGUAAAUUUAAGUCGGAUACAUCAAUCUCCUGAAAGUACACAUUGAGACAAUUUUUAUUUUCUGAGUUUUUGAAAUGCCUUUCCUUCUUUUGAAAUAAUGUGUUCUAUCAUAUCCUGUGCUUGCUGCUUUAUCUCUUAGUUCAUCAAUAAAGUUUUAUAUCUUCAACUCCUUUA